GACAAGCACAUCCCGUCUUUUGGGCGCCAGAAGCGAGGACACGCAAUCUUCGAAGAGCAGAAGGAGCUUUCCUCGUGCCAGUGGCGAACUGGACCGUUGGGCCUGCACGGCGGCUUUGCGACCUGCCGUAGGCUGCCGUGCGGUGCAAGAAGUUCGGGCAAGAUCUUUUGCAUGCACAAAGCGCCCAGCGUUGAUUUUUCUGACAUGAGUGUGUUCUACGCAGAAGAGGGAGCCGUUUGCUCUGCCACGCUGAUGUCGGAGCCGGGCGUGUCGCCUGCAGGGCAUGUGAUGCAAGUGGCCCGUGACGGGCAAGGCAAUCUGCUGCGGCUGAUGUUUCAUGGGCAGCUGCCGUACGGGGAAGCUAACGACAUGCUGGUGGAGUUGGCGAGGGCCAAGUUCUCAAGAGGGACGAAAGUUAGCAUCAUGGAGCCUUUGCUCCAGGUCAGCCCAGAGGGGCUCCUGGGCAUCGAGAUCGGAGUCGGGGCCACAGGGCCUGUCAUCCGCAGCUUGAGACUUUGCCUGACUGCAGCAGAAGACGGCUCGGCCCUGCCAGAUGCAGUUAGCCGACGAAGCAUGAUCCUGCUGGAUGCUUUGGCAGAGGUGGCCUGCAGCAAGCUGCAACAAGAAGACCCAGAGCCUCGACCGCGGGAGCCUGCCGGCCUUGCGCAAGCAUCUGCCAGGUCCGGAGCUUUCCGCCAGCCGCUCGCGGAGGCCGUCGCAGCCAGUUCCCGCAAGCUUCAGGGGACUUCGGCUUCGGCACCGCGCGACUUGGCAACCCUGGCCUGGGCUUCCGCACGCUCGCGGCUCAGGGGCGAGGCCUUUCUUGCAGUGGCCUGGAAGUCGAGCCUCCAAAGCCACCGCUGGUCCCCGAUGGACUCGGCAAACCUUGUAUGGGCGCUCUCCGCCGCCCAGCACGUGGACCGGCAGGCGAUGUCAACCGCAGUGGAAAGAGUGUCUGCGCGGGCCCAGUCGCUCGACGCACGGCAACCUGCCAGCAUAGCGCAAGCCUGUGCCAGGCAGACCCCAUCCGGUGCAUCGCAGAUGAGAUACCUGAUGCAGGUCACCGUGAGCCAGAUCGAUGCUCUGCCGGCACAACAGGUCGGCUGGCUGGCAGAUGCCUGCCAAGUCUUCCCCUUAUUCCUCUGCUCCCAAAGCUGCGAAGUCAUUCGGGCGAAGCUCUCCGAGCUCACCCAGCAACUCGGGGAGCCCCUGACUCGGCUCUCCAGCUCCCACUCAAAGCCUCCUCGGGGCUUUCAGGGGCCUCUGGAGGACUUCGGAGCCAUGGCGAAACGCCUGGGCGCCGAUCAGCUUGGCGACCUCGGCUCCCGGGAGCUCCUGAGAAGUCAAAACAUCGCUGUCACUGCCGGGCCCGGGCCCUCUCUGCCACGGGAAGCUCCUGGCAGCGGGAAGCUGCCCCCCAUCACUGCGCUCUGCCACGCAACUUUGGGGGAGAGGCAGCUCUCGCAGUCCGCCGUGAGUGGAGUGAGCGAUGGGCUUCGGGCACAGCGGUGGCUCUUUCCGGUGCCGCUCGCUGCGGGCUCAGUGGAGCGAAGCCUUUGCGCAGAGUUCCAAGUCCUGGCACAGACCUGCGAUGUCAUUUUCGAAGACCUCUCCGACAGCUCGGAAGGACAGAGAGUCUCCGGCAAGGUCCAGCUCUUCAUUUCCGCUCCUCCCUGCUUAUCCUGCGUGGCUGCCAUCUGCCAGUUUCAGUUGCUUCUUCCCUGCGUGGAGCUGGAAGUCUCGUGGAUCUCAGAGUCCCAGAGGCGCUUCCUCGCAGACCGCAUUUCUGGCGCCAUCCAGGAUCCGACACGUGCCCUGGCUUGCACUUUGGCCUUUGUUGAAGCUCUGAAGAACGAUGCAUCGCACGCCAAGGGAUCGAGUGCUUCUUAUUUCUGGUGUUCUGGCAGUGUCGGAGCCAAGGAAAUCGACUACGGAGCCCUUGGCAAGGGCCCAGCACCAGCAGAGGCGAGCUUAAGCCUAGUCGCCCAGGAAGCGCCAGAAGAGGUAAAGGAAGAGGCUCCCUUAUUAAAGGAAGAGCCCAGGGAGGAGCCGAGCCCGAGUCCGAGCCCUGUGGAGAAUUCCAAUGAUGGAAAGCUCUCAGCGCAGCAGACGGCCGUCGCCAAGAUGGCACAGGACGAGUUCGAGCUCUCUGAGGUCAGAUUGAUCACGGAGGAUCAGCUGCCACCCCUAGACGAUCGUGUCUAUCCACGUCCGAGCUUGAUCAAAUACAAAUGGGUGCUCUGCACAUGCUUCGAACACGACUGGAAGAUACUUCGCUCCCUGGCAACCAUUGGUCCCAAGCUACUGCGGAACUUCUUCUCUUCUGAAGAGGAGUGCGAGGUGAUGGAGCACGCCCUGUUUCGGAAGUACAGGUGGGUAAUGCCACUCUACCGGAAGCUCUCCUCGGAAGAUUGCAAUGACAGGGGCUCCGUACCCGAAGACAUCAGCGUGUUCGGUGUCAGCAAGCGGUCCGCGGCCGCCCUUCUCGGUCAUGAAGGCAUUGACAUCUUGGACAAAGACUUCGCGCAGGCCCAGGUUGGCAACAUCUACACCCAGAGCAACGUGACCAGGCCGGAAGAGACCGAAGGAUUUCAAGUCACUUGUCGACAGCAGCUGGCCCGGUACCAGUUCGCCGAGUUCUUGCUCAGGGUGGCUCAUACCAAGUGGCCACGUCUCACGAAGGCGGAGGCGCUGGACUGCCUCUUCAAGGAGCUGGCGGUUCUGUGUGUGAAGUACAGCAGCGAUAUACGAACGCUCCUGAACUGUGGCUCGGACGAUGUCGUGCAAGACACUUUCGUGAAAAUCCACGGGACCACGCGGGCUCUCUUCGACGAGACGGCUUCCGUCCACGAAAUGAAGUACGGGGAGAAGCUGAUGACGCUGGAGGAUUGGCGAUUGCUCCUCAACAAAGCCAGCGUGUUCGAGCACUUCCCGGUCAUCAAGAGGAGGGAGGUCGGUUACACCUACCGCAUGGGGCUUGAAGCACGGGCGGAUGAGCAGUACAACAAGACGUGGCAGCUGCUAAGAUACGAAGACUUCCAGCGCGCUCUGGGCGCUGUGAUCUUCCUGAACGAGAUCCGCUCCAAGCCGAACGAGGGCCUUCGCUUUGAUCUGAGGAGCUCCGAUUCCGACCGAGCGGGCUUUUUUGUUCCCAAACUCACGGAUUACUUUGACGACGAUUUUGGCUUUGGGACUGCCGACCUUUUGAUUACGAUUUGCGCUUUGGGUGCAGUCUUGCUCGAAGUUGUUCGGGAUUUGUGCGGCAGUGAGACGUUCGCCAACGAGAAUCUCAGUACCUUGUCUGAAAAAGUGGGAAGGCGAUUGCGUGAAAUCGCCCAUUGCGCGGGGGCCAUCGAGAGGCUCACUUCGCUGAAGACGGGCGUGGGUGCCUGCCCCCCCUUUCUAGCGCUCUGGAGCAUUCGAUUUUCACGUGUUCCGCCCGUGGCAAAUGCCAAGCAGGCGCUUCUAAAGAUGCGAGACUACGAUGCCGCCGCGGCAGAUGCAGCUUUGGCCCUACAGCUUCGAGCGCACGAUGCCAAGGCUUGGUCUCGUUAUGUUAUGGCUGCCGGAGGCCUCGCUGCCCUGUCCGUGGCCGGCCGCGGGGAGGAGUACUCCGCCGGCCCGGAAAAGGCGGAGAUCGCGGAGGUACUGGUAGAGGAUUGGAGACUCGUCACAUGUCGGGCGGCUACCUGUUCCACAGCCUUCGCUGCCGCAGGUCCGGGUACCUCCCCAGUGGCUCCCAACGCAGUGGCCGCGAAGCGAGCGAUUGAAGUCGCCAAGGAGGCCGCGAAUGCCGAGUACAACAAGCAGAACUACAGCGCGGCCGUAGAAGGUUACACGAAGGCGACGGCCUCUGAUCCUUGCCUGGCCGAUGUGGCGGCCAUCUUCAGCAAUUUGGCGCACUGCAGGCUCUGCUUGGGCCAGCCGCACUGUGCUAUUGCUUCAGCGGUCUCCUGCCUUCGGCUCAGACCGUCAUGGGCAGUUGCCGUCAAGGCCGUCCAUCGACUGGCCGCUGCAUUAGCCAGUACAGGCGAGCACGAUGCAGCUCGUCAAGUGAUCCGCACGUUUGACAGCGCAGUGGUGGACGAUGUACCGGAAGCGGUUCGGAAGUCGUGCGCAGACCUGUGCAGCAAGCUGGACCGACAUGCGGAGACGCUUGCCGAGCUGACGGCAAGCCAAGGCCAGCCAGACCAGUGGGAAAGCCUACUGGAGGGCCUUCUGCCCGGCAGCGAGUGGUGUUCCGGGUCUCUGGAAGCAAGCGGCGGCCGACUGCGUGUUAGGAGCCCCACUCCUCGCGGGAGCCUGCUUUUGCUCCUUAGACCGCUGGGUGGCCUUGCGCAGGGAAGUGACAGCUGGAGCCACGGGGAGCUGGCGAGGCAUUACGUUCGCUCCGAUGGCUGGGGUCUGCAUGAGAGGCUCUCCAGCAUCUGCAAUACGGAUGUUGCAGCCAAAGAAGUUGCACUCUUAAUCACAGGAGCGCUCGGCAGGGUCGCCGAUCCACGUGAGCUGAUGCUCUCUAGUCCUCGUGCCCAGCUGCUGCCACUGCUGGGUCAGCGACUGGAGUCGUUUUUUCGAUCUUUUGGCACCUUGUCCCCCAGCCUCCUGGGCUGCCUUCUCGAGGAGCACCGUGUGACACUGCAGCCCAAAUUUCCGGGCGCCGGGAGCUCCAGAGGCAUUUUUCCCACGCUGGCCCUGAUCCCCGAAGCCAACUCGGAGACAACGGCGAACUGCGAGAUGCGAUUCAAGCAGGGUGCGUUGGCAGUCCUGGCAUCUGAAGACUUGGAGCCCGGUAAAGAGCUGCGGAUCGAAACGAGCGCAACUCCACACUACGUCUGCCAAAAGCGCUGCAAGGCGCGGCACGCAUACCCUGAAUUGCCACAAGGUACAGAAAGUCAGGUUACAUGA